CCGCCACUGCCAGGAGAAGCUGCCUCGGAGGAGAAGGAUAAUGAUGCCUCUCUAGGCGAAGAAGAGCGCGCUCUGGAGGAGCAUUUGGCCCAACAUCCAGGCGACAUCGAUGCUCUAAGGGCUCUGAUGGAGCUCAAGAUCAAGUCUCGGAAGCUUCCGGAAGCAAUUGGGGUAAUCGACCGCCUGAUCCAGCUAGAGCCCAACGACGACGAGUGGGUGCUACUCAAGGCCCAAAUUUACAGCUACAGCGGCGAUUCUGACCCUGCCACCAAGAUCUUCGAGGAAGUCCUGGAGAAGGACCCGCUUCGGGUGGAGGCUUAUCACGGCCUGGUCAUGGCGUAUUCAGAAGAUGGGCGGUCCAUGAGCGACAUGUUGAAGCGAAUUGAAGCCGCCAUGAACAAGUGCAAGAGGGAGAAGAAGGCUUCUGAUGUCCGGGACUUCAAGUUGCUGUUAGCUCAAAUUAGAGUGAUGGAAGAGAAGUAUGGGGAAGCUCUGAAGGUAAAUCAUGAGUUGAAAAAAGAGGAGCCCAGGGACUUCCGUCCAUAUCUCUGCCAAGGGAUCAUAUACACGCUGAUGAGGAAGAGGGAAGAGGCGGAGAAGAAGUUUGAACAAUUCGAGAAGCUGGUUCCCAAGAAUCAUCCGUACAGAGAGUAUUUCCUUGACAACAUGUUUGCUACCAAGUUCUUCUCAGAUUACAGUGUACAGAGAGAAGGCUUGGUCGAGGAGCUGAGAGAAUUGGAGGUGAAAGACGUAGGUAGAGUAUGUAUGGGUAGGAAAGUAACGGAAUUUUGA